AUGUCACCUGGGAAAGUUCUGCAACCUGUACUGAAAAUGAAGGUGGAUGAACUCUUUUUGUGCUGGUUGAGUCAGCCUGCAACUCAGAUGACACUAAAGGACUGCUUGAGAAGAAUCAAGAAUGAGGAAAAAACAGAGAUUGGUAGUGGAGAUUCAGGAAAUGGUAAAAAUGAGAGGUUCACUACUAAAAAUUCUAGUUCCAAGCAAUGUGUAUUUGGAGAUACCAGAUUGCCUUUGAUGUCUUUCAGUCCUCCUCAAGUUUCUAAUACUCUUCCAUUGGCAACUCCAGCCAACCCAAGGAACACCUCUAAUGUUAGAGCAACACUUCGAUCCUCAGGAAACAGAGUAGUUCAGACAAAGAAGGAAGAAACUUUGCCACCAUCGCUUAGUCAAAACAUUCCAACUUUCUAUUUUCCUCGUGGAUGUCCUAAGGAAAAAGUGAAUAUAGAUGCUGUGAUUGCCAACAUUGAGAGAACUUUCUCUGAGUUUCCAAAUGAAAGAGCAACAUUAGAAGACAUGGGGAAGGUUGCAAAGGCUUGUGAAUGCCCACUUUACUGGAAAGGUCCUUUGUUUUAUUGUGCUGGAGGUGAACGAACAGGAUACGUGUCAGUUCAUAAAUUUGUUGCAAUGUGGCGGAAAAUACUUCAGACCUGCUACGAUGAUGCUGCAAAGUUUGUUCAUCUUCUUAUGAACCCUGGAUGCAACUACUUGGUGCAAGAAGACUUCAUUCCUUUUUUACAAGAUGUGGUGAAUAGUCAUCCUGGUCUAUUAUUUUUAAAAGAAGCAUCUGAAUUUCAUUCUCGGUACAUUACCACAGUUAUACAGAGAAUAUUUUAUACAGUAAAUAGGUCCUGGUCUGGGAAAAUAACUUGUAAUGAGCUCAGGAAAAGCAACUUUUUGCAGAAUGUGGCAUUAUUGGAAGAGGAAGCUGAUAUUAACCAGCUGACAGAGUACUUCUCAUAUGAACAUUUUUAUGUUAUCUAUUGCAAAUUUUGGGAGCUGGAUACAGACCAUGACCUCUAUAUUGACCGGAAGGAUUUAGCUCGACAUAAUGAUCAUGCAAUUUCAAAUAGGAUGAUAGAGCGGAUCUUCUCGGGAGCAGUAACAAGAGGUAGAAAAGCACAAAAAGAUGGGAAAAUUAGCUAUGCUGAUUUUGUCUGGUUUUUGAUAUCUGAAGAGGACAAAAAGACACCAACUAGCAUUGAAUACUGGUUUCGCUGCAUGGAUCUUGAUGGGGAUGGUGCUUUGUCUAUGUAUGAGUUGGAGUAUUUUUAUGAAGAACAGUGCCAAAAAUUGGAUAACAUGGCCAUAGAACCUUUGCCAUUUGAAGACUGUUUGUGCCAGAUGCUGGAUCUCGUGAAGCCACAGUAUGAAGGAAAAAUUACUCUGCACGACUUAAAGCGAUGUAAGUUGACAAAUGUGUUUUUUGACACUUUUUUCAACAUUGAAAAAUACCUUGACCAUGAACAGAAGGAUCAGUUUUCCAUGUUGCGGGAUGGUGAAGGGGAAAGCCAAGAGAUCUCUGACUGGGAGAAGUAUGCUGCUGAAGAGUAUGAUAUCUUGGUAGCAGAAGAGGCAGCAAGUGACCAGUGGAAUGACGGGUAUGAAGCAGAACUGAAUCCUGCCGACCAUCAGAAGGCCAAUGUCCUCAAGUAUCAAAUGGAAAAAAGACCGUUUUUUGACAUGCCUUCCCAUCUGGCUGAUGUAGACUUGGAUGACUACGAGUACGAAGAGGACUUUGAGUAGCAGUUACUCGUGGUGAGCACAUGCAGAAGAGAAGGGACAGUCUGCAGCAGGUCUGCUACAUGCCUGUAUGUUCCGGUGGGGUUUGUUGCCAGGGAGUCAGCUUAGUUUUGUGCUAAAAAUAUUUAAUCACUACACUACCUUUUAAAUAAAAGAAGCGCAUUUGUAUGGAAUGAUGAAUUUUUUUUAUUUAUUCAAUAGACUAUAGUUUGUAAAAUAGAUUAAAAAUAUUUAUUUACAGAUGUUGCGUAAUUCCUUUUGGGAAGAAUAACAAUAUUUGACUUUAGAGACAAGUAGUCCACUGUUUUUAAGAGAACUGUGUAACCCUUCUCGAAGUUGGUGUGGUGCACUGACCGUCU